CUUACCCAGCAGCCGCAGUCUGCCCUUCAUCAUCAUCAUCAUCAUCAUCAUCAACUUAAACACUCAUUAAUCAUCAUCUUUAAACUAUCCUAAGACAUUAUGGGAAGACAAAAGGUGAUUCUGGAAAAGAUGGCACGGAUCUUUCAGAUUCGGAACGAGCUGAUGCGACAGGCACUGGCAGAAUGCCUGGGCACUCUCAUUCUAGUGAUGUUUGGAUGUGGUGCCGUCGCCCAGUUGAUUCUAAGCGGAGGUUCUCAUGGAAUGUUUCUGACGGUGAAUUUCGCGUUUGGCUUCGCUGCUACGUUGGGAAUCCUAGUUUGUGGGCAAGUCUCAGGAGGUCACAUAAACCCUACUGUGACCUUUUCUCUUUGCUUGCUGGGGAGAGAGCCCUGGAGGAAAUUUCCCGUGUACUUCCUGGCCCAGACUCUGGGGGCUUUUCUUGGCGCAGGAAUAAUAUUUGGCAUGUAUAUUGAUGCAAUUUGGGACUAUGGACAUGGUUCUCUAGCUGUUGUAGGAGACAAUGCAACAGCUGGAAUCUUUGCUACAUACCCUUCUAAACACCUUACUUUGCUCAAUGGCUUUUUUGAUCAGAUGAUUGGCACGGCAGCUCUCAUAGUUUGCAUCCUAGCCAUUGUUGACCCCUACAACAACCCCAUCCCACAAGGCCUGGAGGCCUUCACUGUGGGCUUUGUAGUUCUGGUGAUCGGUCAGUCCAUGGGUUUCAACUCAGGUUAUGCUGUAAACCCAGCCAGAGACUUGGGACCUCGGAUUUUCACCGCACUUGCUGGAUGGGGCCCAGAGGUGUUCUCAGCAAAGUCUUACUGGUCCUUUGUGCCCAUCUUUGCCCCAUUCAUUGGUGCCAUGUUUGGUGUGAUGGUGUAUCAGCUGAUGGUGGGAUACCAUGUGGAAGGAGAAGCAAGAGAUAAAAGACAAGCGGAGGAAAGAGAAGAAAAGGAAAGACUCAAACUCUCUGCUGUUUCUGAAAAGGAGACAGCGUAAGUCUGGGAUCAAAUGGAGUUGUUUUUCCACAGUUCCGUUCAGCUUCUAAAAUUAAAUUUAGCUCUCAUGACAAUAUAGUAGCAAUAUUGUGGAUCGUGUACCCACAUUAAAUCAUAACUUUCUGACAGUCACCAGACGGCUGUACCCUCGACAUCAUGAUUAGACUCAAACUAAUUAGUUGUAUUUUUUCUGUACUGUGUGCGCAAUUAGUUGAUGUUCAAACAAUUUAAGUGAUGAAUCGUAAUUUGCAUUUCACUUUAAUUACCCUGACCAGAACCUCUGUGUUUUGUACAUAAACUUACUAGUUAAACUUUGCAAUUUAUUCCAAAAAAUGUCUAAUCACAGCCAAAUUAAUUCAUCCAAUCUGCUAACAAGUCAGUUGUUGUCACCCGUUCAUUUAUCUCUAAUGCUUCUGUCUGCAUAAUGAAUGGGAUAUGAUUUAAAAAAAAACCUUCACCCUUAUGAAUAUUGCAUCCAUGUCAUAAAAGUACCUGUUUCACUAAUAUUCACCAACAUCAUUAUAAGUGAAUAUUAAUGAGUGCUGUAAUUAUGCAGUGAGAAAUCCAGUUCUAUUUACAUUGUUUGCUUUUUGGGAAUAUAAUUGUUUUGCAAGUUUAUGUUUUGAUAUAUUAUGUGCCUUCAUGUCUUCAGAGUUUACACUGACUGUGCAUAUAAUAUAUUGUGUUCAUUUAUACUGUGCUCUUUAACAAUAAACUGCAUUUUUGGUGAGGCAUUAGAAUUCUGAUGGAUAUAUAUGAGAAACAUCAUGCACAAAAAUUAACUGCAGGGAGUUCUUUUGAUUUUUCAUUCAUGUAUUUGCUCAGCAUCAUUCAGUCCAGUAAAACAUUAGGGUUUCUAAAGGAGAAUCAGGGUUCCUUUGCUAAUAAUACAGUUGAGGUCA